AUGUGUUUCGAUUGCAACGCGAAAAAUCCGACUUGGGCGUCGGUUACGUAUGGGAUUUUCCUGUGCAUUGAUUGUUCGGGGGUUCAUCGAAGCCUUGGCGUGCACAUCAGCUUCGUAAGUAUAGCAAUGCUCAAUUCAAAAUCACGUAAAUGUAUUCAAUUUUCAGAAUAUGGCCAACAGAAUAACUUAGUGGGAAACUGGAAAUGAAACAACAAUCCUGAAUGAGGAUGAACUGAAUGUCUUUGAAUAUCUUUCUUCAGUUCUGAUUUUGCUUGUCUUAAUGGAUCCCAGCCAAAAUUAUACACCAAGUAGCUAAAUUUGAAUUUUCUGUGGAAUGGCCAAGUACUUUCAGACCCAUCUUGCAGGUCAACAAAUAUGGAUUCUUGGACACCUGAGCAGUUGAAGAUGAUGUCAUUUGGCGGAAAUAACCGUGCUCAAGUUUUUUUCAAGCAGCAUGGAUGGAGUGAUGGAGGCAAGAUUGAGGCCAAAUAUACCUCGAGAGCUGCUGAGUUAUACAGGCAAUUACUUGCUAAAGAAGUUGCAAAAAGCAAUGCAGAAGAGUCAGGCUUACCUUCCUCGCCCGUUGCUUCCCAGUCAUCCCAACCUUCUAAUGGAUUUUCUGAUGUAAAAGUCGCUGAAGAGUCCAAUGGAAAUUCUUCAAAUGACACCUUGAAAGAAAGCCAAUCUCUGAAAAAUGGAACACCCGAGUGUUCUUCUUCACCCAGGGCCUCUCAAGCAGUUGCAACAAUUUAUGUCAAGAAGACUCUCGGUGCAAAGAAAACUGGGAAGACUGGUGGACUAGGGGCUAAGAAACUCACUAGCAAGCCUAGUGAAAGCCUUUAUGAUCAGAAGCCUGAAGAGCCACCUGUACAAGUUUCUUCUGCCAAAUCUUCAACCAGCGGCACUCCUGCAGUUGGUGCAUCAUUUACAUCUCGAUUUGAGUAUACUGAAAAUAGCCAACCUACUGAGUUGAGUUCUGGAGGCACUCGUAUUAUUAACCAUGUAUCAGCCCCAAAGUCAUCCAAUUUCUUUGCUGAAUACGGCAUGGACAGCGGUUUCUCUAAGAAAAGUGGUUCAAAUUCAUUAAAAGUCCAAGUUGAGGAGACCGACGAAGCGAGGAAGAAAUUUUCUAAUGCAAAAUCUAUAUCAUCUGCCCAGUACUUUGGUAAUCAAACCAAGGCUAAUGAUUUGGAGGCAUCAGCUACAUUGGAGAAAUUCUCAGGGUCAUCAUCAAUUUCAAGUGCCGAUCUGUUUGGUCAGGAGUCAGGCUCUCCUGUUGACGUUACUGCGAGUGAGCUUAUUAAUAAGCUGUCUUUCCAGGCACAACAAGAUAUCUCCUCUCUAAAGAAUAUUGCAGGAGAAACCGGGAAAAAGAUAAGCUCCCUCGCAUCAUCGUUACUAACGGAUCUGCAGGACAGGGUCCUCUGAUAGAGUACAAUGUAUUUGUACAUUAAAAAUGUGUUUGUUCCAUAUUAUUAUAUCUAGUUAAAAUGUAAAGAUAGCAUAAUUUUGAAAAGCUGGGUCAUGCCCUUGCUGGCUUGAGAUGGGUGUUGGCUUUUGCUAUUUUGGGUUAGUGUGGUUAAAUUACUUUA